CUCCCAUUGUGAUUUGCGGGGAUAGCGACCCCCAAUGAUACUUCAUGGCUUAUUCGUUCAUUCGUCGCAGCCACUUGGCUUGAUGCUCCAGGUACGCAGGUAGGUAAAGGGUCUAGGACCAAUGAGAGAGCUCACAUAGCGAAGGGGAGUUCUCAACGUUGCCUACUACCAGCUGCCUGCUUGGUCACGGAUACGGUAGGAAACACGGCAAGCCCGCACCGCACCCGAGCUACUGAGACGGGCUCCGCACUGUGACGUUAGGAUUUUGAUGGAGCAGCUCGCGUCUAUUCACCCUUUUCAGUGAGCAUCCUACUUCGUUUUCAAUUUGUUAUCUCCCAUCUCAGAGAAUUGUCAAACUCUUGGAAAGUUUGUAGGCAAAUAACGACUGCGACGACAUCAAUUUUAUCUUCUGUCGCGACUAAGGUUCUGAUCGAUAUUAAGUGGCUUAAGAGGCUUAAUAAGGACCCUAGCUUUUUACCACUCCCAGAUCUGAUUCACGCUCCCACCAAAACCAAUUUCAUCCCAACAAUGACAAUUGAAUCAAGAUGGUCGACUCCAAUACCCAACUGCUCGUUGCAGAAAUGGGUAUUCGGGUCUUCAUUCGAACCUCUCCUAGAUACUCCUCAAUUUGUCGACGCUGAUCGCCCGGAGACACACUUCCUUACACAAUCCGAUUAUCGUCUGUGGUCGAAGCGAUUGGCCUUGGGAUUGAUGCGAGCGGGCUUAAAACCAGAUGACCGCGUUCUGCUUUUCUCUGGAAAUUCAUUUUUCACCCCAGUGGUUUUCAUGGGCGUUCUUAUGGCAGGAGGCGUUUUCACUGGCGCUAAUCCGAGCUUUGUUGCACGGGAACUUGCUUAUCAGGUGAAAGAUAGUGGCGCUUCAUUUCUAAUAGCUAGCGAAACCAGCAUCGAGAUUGCGGUAGAAGCCGCAGCUCAAGUGGGCCUACCGAGAAGUCGAGUGUAUAGCUUCGAUGCGACGGCGCUUGACCCGGAACUGGGCAAGGCACGUCUCGGCAUCCAGCACUGGACAACUCUCCUUGCCUCGCCAGAAGACGCGUCUAAAUUCGACUGGAUUGAGCCGACUAAAUCGAGCGAGAAAAUAUGUGCCCUCAACUAUAGCUCAGGAACAACAGGCGUGCCGAAAGGUGUCGAAAUAACGCACUACUCCUAUGUGGCGAACGGGGUUCAGGUAAACUUCAUGGAACGGUUAGAUUCUCUGUAUGAAGAAAAGAAGAAGCGGGCCCGCCGAUUGGGCUUUUUACCACUGUACCAUGCGUACGGGCAGACGUACUUCAUCAGCAUUUACCCGAGAGAGGGCGUCCCGGUCUACAUCAUGUCCUCAUUCAAUUUUGAGAAGAUGCUACAACAUAUUCAGAAGUUCCGCAUCGACAUUCUCAUAGCCGUGCCACCCAUCUUAGUCGCACUCGCUAAGAGUCCCCUCAGCCGUAAGUAUGACCUCAGUAGCGUCGAGAUUAUUGGUAGCGGUGCUGCGCCACUCGGGAGCGAACUUAGCGACGAGGUCGUUAAGCUGUGGCCACCAGGUGCUGUAAAGCUACGCCAGGGUUGGGGCAUGACUGAGUUGACGUGCAGCUGCACAUCGUUUCACCCCGAAGACAAGAAUAGGUCUGCAGCUGUUGGUGAGCUGGUACCGAAUUGUAAAGGGCGAAUUAUGAAGAUCGAUGGUUCGGGGGAGAUCACCAAAGCGAAAGAGGCGGGCGAGGUAUGGAUUAGCGGACCAACUCUCUUGAAAGGUUAUUGGAAUAAGCCUGAAGCGACCGCAGAUUCCGUCCAUGUCGACCCGGAUGGCACCCGUUGGAUGAAGACCGGAGACGUUGGAUAUAUAGACAAAUACGAGCCAGGAGGGCUUCUGUACAUUGUCGACCGCAUCAAGGAACUCAUUAAAGUGAAAGCCAACCAGGUUGCACCCGCUGAGCUAGAAGGUGUACUUUUAGACAAUAAGGGCAUCAGUGACGUAGCCGUUGUGGGCGUUACAAUUAACGGUGAAGAGGCGCCGCGCGCGUACGUUGUUGCGAAUCCCGACGUGAAGCAGACAGAACAAGAGAUUGCCAAAUGGAUGGAAUCUAGAGUAGUCAAGUACAAGUGGCUGCGUGGCGGUGUCAAAUUCGUCGACUCUAUUCCUAAGAAUCCGUCCGGCAAGAUUCUUCGUAAAAUCCUCAGAGACCAGGCGGCCAAAGAAGUUGGAGACAGGAAGCCGAGUUCGACGAAGCUGGCUUAAGUUAGAACAAGUAGAGAGAGGGCUUAGAGAAGUUGGGUCCUAAUUGUUUUUCUUCUAGCGAGGCGCGAAUGUCCGGCAAUAAGCUGCGAUCUCAUUUCGACGGCGCAUAUGAGUUUCUUGGUGUUAGCAUUAUCUAAUGAGAUUCAAGCAACCAGAAUAUGAAGUAUCUAGGUUGGGAUGUCGAUAACCUUUAACAUGCAGCCUCUGUAUAUACUGAUGCUGGGGUCUGUAAUUUGAUUCUUGUGUACCUAGUAUCCCGUGGACUAAUAUGGGGGACUUCCGAAUGCUGCCCUCUGUGACACAA